AUGGCCGUGAUGGAGGCCGCGACCGCGGUGCUGCUGGCGGCGCUGGCGGCCUGCAUCGUCGCCCUGGUCCUGCGCGCCGUGAGGGACUCCAUGAGGGACUCCAGGGGCGGCUCCACCAUCCCGGUGACGCCGGGGAUGCCCGUCAUCGGGCACGCCUGGGACUUCAUCGGCGUCGACAUCGACAUGCUGCUGCCCAAGAUCCUGGAGAUGAUCGACGGCCGGCCCCUGAGCCGCUUCUUCUGCCUGGGCAAGACGUUCAUCGUGGUGAGCGACGCGACGUACAUGAGCGAGGUGGUGCGGCGCAAGGACCUCGUCGACAAGGCCGUCUUCGGCUACAACCUGAUGCACGUGGUGGCCAAGCAGGGCCUGGUGCAGCUGGGCGGCGCCGAGUGGAAGCAGCACCGGACGUGGCUGGUGCCGGGCUUCAAGAAGAAGGUGCUGGACAGCUUCAUCGGGGACUUCAACGCCGUGGCGAGACACUUCCUGAGCACGGUGCCCGUCGGCGAGGUCGUGGAGGCGCGGGCCAUGUUCAUGCGGACCAUGUCGAGGGCCUUCAUCACCACGGCGCUGGGCGACGCCUGGGACCGCGAGGAGGAGGUGAAGACCGCCACGGACUUCAUCGACCAGUGGUUCGACAGCAUCAUGAAGCGCGCGUUCCGGCCGCUGCUCUGGUUGGACUGGACGUUCUUGCUGACGGCGGACGGGCGCAGUCUGCUCAGGGCCAAGGUCAACUUCGACGCCUUCACGAAGCGCUUCAUGGACCGCAAGCGGCAGGCGCUGCGCGACGCCAAGCACGAGGACACCCCGUCGGAGCAGGUGAUCCAGGACGAGGUGAAGACGUUCUUCUUCGCCGCGGUCGAGACGACGGCGUCCGCGCUCAGCUGGGCCGUGAAGGUGCUGUCCCUGCUGCCGGACGAGCAGCGCCGCGUCCACGCCGAGCUCGACGAGGUGUUCGGGGACUCGGACAGGGACGUCGGCCUCGACGACAUCACCAAGCUCCACUACCUGGUGCGCUUCAUCAAGGAGGUGAUGCGGAUGUUCCCGCCCGCGCUCAUGAUCGGGCGACAGUGCUACCACCAGACGGAGUUGUGGGGCUACCAGAUCCCCGCCAACACGGUCAUCGGCAUCAACAUCCUGGGCAUCCACCGGGACGCCAAGCACUGGCCGGAGCCCGACCGCUUCGACCCGGACCGCUUCCUGCCGGAGAACUCCAGGGACCGGCACCCGCACGCGUACAUACCCUUCAGCGCGGGCGGCAGGAACUGCAUCGGCGGCGCGUACGCCAUGCAGAUCAUGACCGUCCUCCUCGCCAGCGUGCUCAGGGCCUUGUCGGUGCAGCCCGUGGACGACGGCAUCGAGGACCUGCAGGGCCUCACGGACCGCAUGACCAUGGUGGUCAUGUCGCGCCUGCGCGGCGGCUUCAACGUCAGGUUCUGCUCCAGGGUCGCCGGGGGCUGA